AUGGUGUUCUCGCGUGUCCCGCUUCUCCUCGCCCUGAUCCAUUCCGCCGUCUCCGAGCAGCCCUCCGCUCCCUCGCCUAUCGCCGCGCCGCUUCGAGAGCUACCGUGGAAACAGCUCAAUUUCCUCCACACAACCGAUACACAUGGCUGGCACGGCGGUCAUCUACAAGAGGCACAAUACUCCGCUGACUGGGGCGACUACAUAUCGUUCGCACAUCACCUUCGCAAGCGAGCAGACGAGGACGGGAGCGAUCUAUUGCUCAUAGACACUGGCGAUCGGGUAGAAGGCAACGGGUUAUACGAUGCGAGUAAUCCGAAAGGAAAAUACUCGCUUGAUAUAAUCAACAAACAGCAUAUCGACGUUAUCACUGUGGGCAAUCAUGAGUUAUACUUGAAGAACACGAGCAUUCGGGAGUACAGUGAAGUCGUGCCGGACUUCAAGAAUUCGUACAUUGCAAGUAACCUGGACAUCUAUAGCCCUAAAGAUGGAAAGAAGACACCGCUUGCGCCGCGAUUCCGCAAAUUCACGACGAAGAAUCAAGGCAUCCGGAUCGUCGCAUUUGGCUUCUUAUUCAACUUUAAAGGCAAUGCGAAUAACACAUCGGUACAGCCCGUCGAAGACGCGAUCAAGGAGCAGUGGUUUACGGAUGCUAUCAAUGACAAGGACGUGGACUUGUUUCUGAUUGCGGGACAUGUUCCAGUUAGGGACAGCUCGGAGUUCGAAGCAAUCUAUAAGGCCAUCCGCGAGGCCAACUGGGACACUCCGAUCGUUGGAUUUGGAGGACAUACACACAUCAGAGACUAUCGCAAGUUUGACAACAAGGCUUGGGCGCUCGAAAGUGGACGAUAUAUGGAGACACUGGGCUUCCUUUCCAUUGACGGGCUGAGUACGGGCAAGAAGGGUGCGAUCGUGCCGCAAUCAUCGCCCAAGUACGAGCGAAUGUACAUCGAUAACAACCUCUUCUCACUGCAUCAUCACUCCGGCACCAACAAGUCCACAUUCGACACGGAACUUGGUCGCAACACGUCCGAGGCUAUCGCGACCGCACGCAAGGAGCUCAACCUGGACAAGGCUUUCGGAUGUGCACCGCAUGACUACUGGCUAAGUCGGUCACCCUAUCCGUCCGAUGACAGUCUGUUGAGCUGGUUGGAGAAUGAUGUCCUUCCUCAAACCUUCAACUCCUCCAACACACCAAGCAUUGUUAUCACGAACAGUGGCGCUAUUCGGUUCGAUAUCUUCAAGGGUCCAUUCACUAUCGAUUCUACGUUCUUGGUUAGCCCGUUUACGAGCGGCUUCAAAGUGUUGAAAGAUGUGCCCUAUAAAGCGGCCAGUCGGGUCUUACAAUUGCUCAAUAAUGAGGGUCCAAUUCUACUCCAAGAUCUCAAGGCUUCAGUCGGUGGGCACCAGCAUCAACUAGAUCCACUGAUUCCUCCAUUCGCUCCCGUCAGCCGGACUAGCCUCGAGCAUAGCUGGGCAGAAUCACACGAAUCCUCGACGGCACUGAGAUCCCAGCAGCAAGCCGUUCUUGGUGGUAAAGACUCAGACCAGCCCCAAGUUCCUGGCUACACGACCGUUGACGACGCUGGUAAUGAUGGCGAUGAUACCAUUCAUCAGCCUAUCAAGUUCUAUAACACGCCCAACUGCAUUGGAUCGAACGCCGGCUUCCCAACCUCUGAUGCAGGAGAAGCGACCGAUCCCGAGAAAGUCGAUCUCAUCUUCAACGAGUUCAUCGAAAAGUGGGUCCUCCUUGCUCUGCGAUAUCUGGGAGAGAAGAGAGAGUCUAACGAUACGAGCUAUGCAUUGGAUGGUCAAAGCAUGACUGAUGUCAUCGGUGGAUGGAUCAAGAAGAGUCCGACAUGGACAUGUUCAAAGGACUAG